AUGUCGAACAUUGUGCAGAAACUUCAACUAUCACCAAUUCGCCCAAUGCAAGAAUUUGCUGGCGGUAAUCAAUGGGCUAAACCAACUUUAAAUCCCAAAGAAUUCGGUGAACUUCAAAAACAAGUUGUUGCUAAUUUAAUCUAUUAUCAAUCAAAUUAUGGUGUUAUUCUAAUACCUUUUUUUUUUCUGAUCGCAUUUUGUAAUCUAACAGCUAUUCUUUUUGGUCUUGCUGUUGUUGCCGGUCUCGUCGCUGCAUUCGUCUAUGGAACACGUGAAAAGCCUGCUGUUACAGCUCCUCUACAGGAUCGUCCAAUUCUUGUACUUAUACUUGUUCUUGUUGUCGCUUAUUUUGUUAUCAGUAUGCUCGGAACUGUAUCCAUCUUUUUAACUGGUAUUGCUUUACCAUUAGCUUUAAUCGUUGGUCAUGCAACAGCUCAUAAACCAGCACUACAAAAUACAGCCGAAAGUCUUUCAUCACAAACUUCUCCAAUGGGUCUUUUACUUGGUUGGCUAGGUACAAAACCCGCUGAAGAACCAGCGAAACCAAAAGCCAAAGGCAAAUGA